AUGGGUAUUAAUGCCUCAUCCGUAAAGCAGUCACCAGAGAUGGGGAAAUUGGGAAAGAAAAGAUGGAAAACAUAUCUAUUGCAACCGUUGUCAUGGCCUUCUAAUGCUAAAGUUACUCAGAAGAAUACUUCUUGGGUGCAACUGUCUGGCCAUAAAGGUAGCCUGAUAUCUAAUGGCAAAGGCAGUGUCUUAAAACGUUAUUGUCACUGUGAAGCGCAAUGUUUAUUACAGCUUCAGUCUGAUACACUCAGGUCAUUUGUUCCCAAGUAUCAAGGCGAGAAAUUGUUGGAUGGUGAACGUUUUCUAAGAAUGCAGGACUUGUUAUACAACUUUAAAACACCAUCAGUGAUGGACUGUAAAAUAGGACAGCGUACUUACUCAGAAAGUGAAGUCUCUGCAGAUGGAGAUCUUUCGACAAAUAUCCGAAAAGAUUUGUACCUAAAGAUGAUUUCCACCUCCCCGGAUGCUCCUACUGAGAAGGAACAUCAUGAAAAAGGUGUUUCGAAGCUGCGUUACUUACAGUGGCGUGAUUCAAUUAGCUCAACGACUGAGUUUGGUUUUCGCAUAGAAGCAAUUAAGAAUUAUGGUGAAUGUACUAGGCGAGAUUUUCAACACACUUGUGCAUGGAAUGAGUUGACAAGACAUAUCAAAAUCUUUGUCAAGUCUCGUAAACUAAUUGCUCAAAACUAUCUGAUUCGAUUGCUACAACUAAGAACCACAUUGGAAAUCUCUGAAUUCUUUGCCAGCCAUGAGUUUAUUGGCUCCUCCUUAUUAUUCGUUCACGAUGAGUCAGGUUAUGCUAAUGUCUGGUUGAUUGAUUUCGCUAAGAUUGCCUGUCCAUCUGACAAUCGAUUACGUUUAAAUCAUCGUUCCCAAUGGCAUUAUGGUAAUCAUGAAGACGGCUAUUUAAUUGGAAUUGAUAAUUUGGUGAAAUUACUCGAGGAAAUUAUACCUGAGUGUCAAUAG